UCUCUUCUUCUGCUUUCUGUCUGAAUGGCCCAAUCUAGGAAUCACAUGGCUUCACACGCUUCCUGUCUUUAGUCGGAGGCUCGGCUGCUUCAGGUUUCAGGGGGCGCACGAGGGAUCUUGUUACCUUUAUAGUUUUCGAGCCUCUGCACAGCCGUCUGAGAGAAACAUGAAUGAAGAGGCGCCACUGCUGAGGAGAAGGACCGCCACAUCUGAAUCCCAGAUCAGUAACUCCAGGCUGUAUCUGGCCGUGUUCUCUGCAGUUCUGGGAAACUUCAGCUUUGGUUACUCCCUGGUCUACUCGUCCCCCGUUCUUCCAAAGUUUAAAAGUCCCGAUGCAGACCCCCUGCUCAGGAUGGACACCAACCAGGCUGCCUGGUUCGGGUCCAUCUACUCCCUGGGUGCAGCCGCCGGGGGGCUUGGGGCUAUGCUGCUCAACGACCUGAUUGGACGGAAGAUGAGCAUCAUGAUGUCAGCGCUGCCCUCGGCGGCAGGAUACACGCUGAUGGGAGGAGCUGUGAACUUGUGGAUGCUCCAUGUGGGUCGAUUUCUAACCGGUGUCGCGGGGGGAAUGACCGCCGCAUCAAUUCCAGUUUAUAUCUCAGAGAUCUCCCACAAAAAAGUCAGAGGGGCCCUGGGCUCUUGCCCGCAGAUCACAGCUGUGUUUGGGACCCUGACACUCUAUGCCCUUGGCCUGGUGGUACCAUGGCGGUGGCUCGCAGUGGCAGGGUCCGUGCCGGCAGUGGUGAUGGUUGUCCUGCUGGUGUUCAUGCCCUCCUCGCCCAGGAGACUCCUCUCCCUCGGCCAGGAGCAGAAAGCAGAAAAGGCGCUCCGCUGGCUGAGAGGAAGCAACUACAACACUAACAUAGAGCUCAGCGCCAUAAAGCACAGCAUUAAUACGCAGGUUAAAAUAACCUGGUCUCAGCUGGCCAUGCCCAUCUAUUACCGGCCUAUCCUGAUCUCAGUUGGGAUGCGUUUCCUGCAGCAGAUGACAGGGAUCACGCCGAUUCUGGUUUACCUGGAGCCCAUCUUUGCCAAGAGCAAUGUCUCCCUGGAGCCCAGGUACGCCGCUGCCACCGUGGGAGUUGUCCGCCUCUUCUCUGUCGCUGUGGCAGCCAGUUUGAUGGACCGGGCGGGACGUAAAGCCCUGCUGUACGCGUCGAGCAUGCUGAUGUUUCUGUCCUCCCUGACGCUGACCAUGAUCUCCCACACCACACCAUGCCCCGCUGUAAACGUUACGACUCUGAACCACAGCCUCCACGCUGAGCUGGGCAGCACGUUACAGGCCAGCCAGGGGACGGCUGUGAGCCUCAUCCCUCUCAUCAGCACCGUGGUGUUUAUAUUCGGAUACGCCAUGGGAUGGGGACCAAUCACGUGGCUGCUGAUGUCAGAGGUGCUGCCGCUGGUGGCCAGGGGCGUGGCCUCGGGCCUGUGCGUCACCGUAAGCUGGGUGACGGCCUUCGCCCUCACGCACGCCUUCACCCACUUGGUGGACAUCUACGGCCUGUACGUGCCCUACCUGAUGUUCACCGUGGUGUGCGUCUUCUGCCUGCUGUUCAACGCCGUGUGCAUCCCAGAGACUCGCAAGCGCUCGCUGGAGGAAAUAGAGAACUACUUUAGGACCGGACGCACCUUCACCAUCAGACAGAAUCAUCCUAGCGUGCUGACCAGUUGAAAAGGAGAUGGGUCAACCGAAUCAAAACGGAGCGGUUUCUGAUCUGAAGGUUGAGGAAAAUAAAAGUUUAGUGUGGGACAUUUCACUUCGAGGGUCUAAUAUAACUUUAGGCUUCUCUGUUUUAUAACAAUAAUUACAAGCCUACACAACACAGUGCAUCAUUCUGAAGCUGGAGGCAAUGGUUUAAAGCUGUGUUUAGAUAAGUCUGCCUUGCACUUGUAUUCGUAUUGAUUUAAUAUUGUAUAGAACCCCUGUUCACUCCAACUACAGCUGCGAGUGCUGCGAUACCUGUAUAUUUAGGGUCCUUGUCCUGAUUAAAGAUAAACCUCUGCCUCAAUCUAAAGUCUUCAACAGCCUCUAAAAGGUUUUCCUCCAGGAUUUAGCUGUAUUUAUCUGUCUUCCCAUCAAUACUUAUCAGCGUCACUGCCCUUUAGCAACCCCACAUCACGAUACGGGCACCACCAUGUGGAAUAGCGGGGAUGCUGCGUACACGACGAUGUAUUGUUAGCUUUCCUCCACACAGUGUUUGUCAUAUAGACAAAAAAGUUACAUUUUGCUCUCAGCCACAUGUUUGGUCUGUCCCCUUUGGCUUGCGACAACCCGCUGUGUUUUCGUCUUCCUGCUGCUCUUCCAUCAAAGACAGAUUUGUGGGUUCAUCGUGAACCCACUGUUCACAAUGCAUGGGAGAUGGACCUGUAAGCAGCAGGCAGAAACCAGGUACGCUAUAAUUAGAAUCCAGCUCUGCGUUUACAAUCUCUCACACAUAUUGAAGCUUUUACAGUUGACUGACACACCUGACUUCUAUGGGGGAUCUAACAAAGCGCUGGGGCAACUACAAAAACUCAAGUCAAGCACACCAAAACAUGGCCAUAUUGGUUAGAAAAGGCUGAUGUAAAUACAGCCUUAAUAGUGAAGCUUAUAGUGCUGUAUGGAAGGGAAAAUGACUGACUUCUUUCUAUUCCUUUACAUUAUUACAUUAUUGUCUUUGAUAUUACUGUAACAUUUGAUAUCAGUCAUAAUAUGCAUUUUGUGUCACUUAUGGUCUGCCCUUAAAAUACACGGCUAUGCUGUUAUACUAAAGGUUUUUGUUUUUGGUUGGGUUUUUUUUCCAACAGAUACAACAAAUAUACAUAGAAAAGGAUAACACUGUGGAAUAAAAGAUAACAGAUGAGAGGUGUGAUGUAAAGAUGCUUGAACCACAAUUAGCAUAUGUUUUGUGAUAAAUUAAGGAAUUUAAUUUAUUCGGAUAGACUAAAAGAAAACACUGCACAAAUAUUUCAGAAAAACAAAACUGGUGUAAAGAAAUGUGAACAUGCAGUGUAAAUUGAGGUAGUCAUAAUUUGUCAUGCCAACCAAUCAGGAUGGAGACUUAAACAACAACAAAAAAAAUGUACUUGAAUAAAACUGAUACCAACCGGAUUAGCUGGGCUGACCACAGUCAGCUCCCUGUGACACAGGUUAGAGUGUGACUCAAAGAUAAUGAUGCUUAGCAGCCAAUGGAUUCAGUCCCUCCUCUUGUGAAUUAUCAUCAUACUGACCAUUUCCAGCUGCUUCUGUUUGAGUAAAGGGUGAACAAUAAAACGUAUUUAUCUCAA